CGUUAAAGAGUAGCACGUCGGAAUCUGUGUAAGCCUCGGUGGUCUGGCCGCCGGGAGGGAGACAGUUUUCGCCCUGUAUUCUCCGCUGUCGCAGCCUCACCGGCGUUAUUCUGCACCGAAAUUCCUUGUAGGGGGCUUAUACUGUGAUCGCUGUGGGCUGGAAAUGCCUAAAAGUGGAAUAUAGUUGAGAAAAUCCCUUUGAAAUGAGAAGGUCUGUGAAGUGAGUGUGUCAGGCUGGGAGGCGUUUCACCAGCGCUCCCUCAGAACGGUUUUACUCUCGUGUUUUACUUUCUGACGCCGUGCACCCAUGGAUUCUACGCUGUGAUGUGUAAAAACAAGCCGCCUCUACCGCCGGCCACCCCAAACACCUUCUACCAUGUCAGGUAUGACUUCACCUGUAGCUACGUUCAUUGUUCGUCAGGAGGCGGCGUCAGGAGGCGGUCAGGUGGCGGAGGGGCUGACUCAGGAGCGGUGACAGGCUUUAAGAUGGAGCAGUUCAAUGUCCUGGAUCCUCGCAAGCAAGAGCUCCUUGAAGCAAGAAUUGGAGGAGGAGGAGGAGGAGGAGGAGGUGGCAGGGCACACCUCACAGGGAGUAGCCCAAGCACUCCCACCAACACCCAGCCGCCCACUUCCAUGUCAAGCUCUGGGUCUCAGCCUUUCCUAUUGGAGAGACAAGACUCCAAUCUCAGCACUGGUUCCUCGGACCGGGAGGAAAGCACCAGUCCAGACAAAACCCAGCAGCGCACACAGGUUGACAGAAAGCGGAAAAGGAAAAGUGGAACCCAGGGUGUCCAGAACGAUGAAGGGGGAGGGGGCAACCUUCAGAAGAUGAGCCGGUCGACGGAAACCAAGAAAAUUCACGACUAUUUCAAGCAACAGCAUCAACAACAGCAACAGCAGCAGCAGCAGCAGCAGCAGCAAACUAACUCCCCACAUAGACACACGGGUGCCAAGAGUCCAUCCCCACAAGUGCUGCAUCCCCAUAUGACCGGGCAUGGAGGUGCGACCGAUCCACUGGUUGGGUUGAUGCCACCUCCUCGGGGUGUUCCAGUGGCGACGCGCUCCACGCAGAGUGACAUGACCUUCCGGCAGGUGGACGAGAUGGAGAGUCGAGCCUCAAUGGAUAUGGAGGCAAAAAAUUCAAGAAUUGACAACUUGCAGUGUACCAAUGACGAGUUGUCUCGACAGUUACAGACCCAAAGUAAACUGCUGGAGCAGAAGCAGUUACAAAUUAAUAAAUGUAUUGAGGUAGUCAAAAAAUUACAAAUCGAAAAAUCUAAUAUAGAGAAAAAGGAAGCCCGGCAGAAGUGCAUGCAGAACCGGUUAAGGUUGGGUCAGUUUGUGACUCAGCGAGUGGGAGCCACCUUCCAAGAGAACUGGCAGGAUGGCUAUGCAUUUCAGGAGAUUACAAAGCGGCAAGAGGAGCUCCAAGCAAACAGAGAAGAAAUAGAUCGGCAAAGAAAGCUCCUAAUGAAACGCAAGCCAGUUGAAGGAGGAAGUAAUUCCAGGAAACGAGGAGCCAACAGCAACCAGGGGCAGGGAGGAGGAAACUUACCUAAUGGGCUUGGGGGAGACCAUGACCACAGGGACCUGACCAUCCAAGAGUAUUACGAGUCAGAAGAAAUACUAAAGCUGCGGCAAACGGCUCUAAAGAAAGAAGACACAGACCUCCAGCAGGAAAUGGAAAAACUGGAGAGGGAGAGAAAUUUACACAUCAGGGAACUCAAGAGAAUUCAUAAUGAGGACCAAUCCAGGUGGGGAUGUCAGGAAAUGGCGACCCCAUUGUUCAACAAUGUGUUGUGCAAGCAGCCUAAUGUGCUCCUACGAAACAGGAGGUUAAGAUUGGGCUUGACAUUCAGACACACUUCUUUCCCAAAAAGAAUCCUUCAAUCCCAGUCUUCACCCCGCAACCCUCAUGACAUAUUCAACAACCACCCCGUACUAAACGACCGGUACCUGUUGCUCAUGUUGUUAGGGAAAGGCGGCUUCUCGGAGGUGCACAAGGCAUUCGAUUUAAAGGAGCAGCGUUAUGUUGCUUGCAAAGUUCAUCAGUUGAACAAAGACUGGAAGGAUGACAAAAAAGCCAAUUAUAUCAAACAUGCUAUUAGAGAGUACAACAUACAGAAGAAGCUGAACCACCCCAGAAUUGUGAGGCUGUAUGACGUGUUUGAGAUAGAUGCCAACAGCUUUUGUACUGUCCUGGAAUACUGUGAUGGCCAUGACCUAGAUUUCUACUUAAAACAGCACAAGACGAUACCAGAGCGAGAAGCGAGAUCUGUGAUCAUGCAGGUUGUCUCUGCACUCAAGUACCUGAAUGAGAUCAAGCCUCCCAUCAUCCAUUACGACCUCAAGCCAGGUAAUAUCUUACUCACGGAUGGCAACAUCUUGGGGGAAGUGAAGAUCACUGACUUUGGCUUGAGCAAGGUCAUGGAUGAGGACAGUUACCACCCAGACUAUGGGAUGGACCUCACCUCGCAGGGAGCUGGGACAUACUGGUACCUUCCACCUGAGUGCUUCAUAGUAGGAAAGACUCCACCCAAGAUCUCCAGUAAAGUGGAUGUGUGGUCUGUGGGGGUUAUUUUCUAUCAGUGCCUAUAUGGAAAAAAGCCAUUUGGCCACAACCAAAGCCAAGCCACAAUACUUGAGGAAAACACCAUCCUUAAAGCCACUGAUGUACAGUUUCCACCAAAACCUGUGGUUAGCAAUGAGGCCAAGCAAUUUAUCCGGUGUUGUUUAGCCUACCGGAAGGAGGACCGCAAUGACGUGUUGACGCUGUCUUCCAACCCCUACCUUUCCCCGCCACUACCAAAGAGUGGCCGGCAGUCAGCCAGUAGUCAGCAACAGGCGGCAGCAGCAGCUUCUGCAGCUGCAGCGGCACAGCAACAAGCAGGAUAUCAGCAACCAUUUUCCACGGGGUUGCUGGGUCUCGCCAACAUACACUCUUCCACCAGCUCAUAAUGAUACGCCACCCACUGUAGGGGGCAGGUCAGGCCCCAACACCCCCUACCUGGCUCCCCCCUGUGUCACUCAGCCCUCUACACUGGUCAUCACCUGCCCACUGCAACCCAAUGCCCUUAGUUGCUACAGUAUUGAGGGUCUCCAUACUGAAUGCAGGGAGGGCUUCAGUUGUUGGCAGUAUUUAACAUGUAAUUACAUUUAGUCUGACCUUGUCUCAGAUGGAAAUUAAAUAUGGCAAUUUCCUCAGCUUUUACUAGCCAUGACAGUAAAUUUAAGACAGUGUUUUACAGUGGAAUUCAUAAUGGAUAAAGUUUUUGUUUCUUUAAAAUUUGUAUUCAGUAGGAGCAAGUUGUCAUCAGGAAAAAUGUGUUAACUAAUCCUGCAGUGAUACCAUUAGAUACUUGUUUAUUUCUUAUCCAACAUAUUCAUGUACAGAGUAUAACAGAAAAGUCUGAAAAACCUCACAACAAAGUGUGGCACUGGGAUGAAUAGAGGAAGGUGUUGAAGUAGUGGUGGGUGACCAGGGGUGCGGGGCAGAGGCUCAACACCGCACUAGACUCUCAGUGUUCCUACUCGCUGCCACAACCACCCGCCGAGGGUCGUGCUCCGCGGCAAGGUCCUGAGCACACCAGAGACAGACCAGGAAGUGGUGCCAGUGAGCAGCUCGAAGGUAUUCCAUUGUGAAUAGUUUCAAAGUGUAUGCAUAUGUAUAUAUAUGUAUGUGUGGGUACAUGUAUUUAUGCAUAUAUACAUAUAUACACUAAAGUCUAUCAAGCCAAAGCUGUGACUUAGUUGAUACCAAGAGUCAAACAUUAUACGUACCAGUAAGUGAAGUAGAAACCAGCAAAGAGUGCCGCAAGGACCGCUGAGUGUGGCGCACGGGAACACGAACACUUGAGUGGUGCUUCAUCUCUGCAGUGGCAAGACACUGAGGGUGAGGUGGUGGCCCUGCAGAGGACAGCAGUUGUGUUGCUUCCACACACUAAGCGGUGACAACGGGUAGGGUGGCGCACGUGAGGUUUAUGAGCCACCGACCGAUGUGAUGUGAUAUUGUGUAGUCGUGUUUGUGAAACUCUGGGUCUCCGGCGAGGGUUGUGGGCGCGACAGUGGCCGGUAGCCAGGUGUGUGAUAUAUCUAGUGGCACUUUAAGAAAGUGAGCUAACCUAAACGACUUUUCAGGAACAGUGAGUGUUAAUCAGCAGAUAAGCAUUGUUUAAUGAAUGUUGCCCUUAAUAUAGCAGCUGAAAUUUCAAAAAAAUUGAAACUUGAAAAUUACUGAAACUGUAUCCUGAAGUAUCCCUGUGUCUAAAUUUAUCUUAGGCCUGUGUUGACUAUUCCCUGAAGAAUUAUUAAUUUUGUGAAAUAAUGAAGAAAAUUUUUAGGUAUGUACUACUGUUUAUAAAGUUUGGUGCUACAGAAUCUAAAAUGAAAACUCAUUUUGUCUUAUUUUCUGAAGCUGAAGUGAGUUACCCAAGAGGAAAUCCAUGAAUUCAUUCCUGUGGAAAUAGGCUGUAUACACAAAGCAUUACAUAGCUCCCACCUUAUUCAUGUACAUUGUUUACUGAUAUUUCUCUUCUGCUGCGAGUGCCGUGUAUUUAUGCAGGACACGAGAGACAGUUUUGUGGUGGCAGGAGCGGCACACCACCCACACAUUAGUCUGCAGAUCACCACAGCUUUUUAUCUUCAUUAUAUUGUAUGUAUUUUAAUGUCAUUUUUAGACAUGUGAGAUACUACCUAGUUUUGUAUGUGUUGAUUUUCUUCCCUCUUCAUUUGGUUGUCCUCCAUGAAAUCUUUCUCUCUGUCUUUAUACAUUAUAUACAUAUGUGAUCUUUCUCUAUGUCUGUACCUCUGUCUCCCUCUUGUUUAUUUCCAAAUUUGAUUUUGUGGUGGUCAGCUAUAAUUUAAAUUACCAUAGGUUGGAGAAUUUCCAACUGAACACCUAAUUCGCUAACAGUCAUGCAGAGCUGAGGAGAUGGUGGCAGUGGAUCUUUGGUUCGCAUCCUGGUCUGACAAUCUGUUAAUGACAGUAAUACAAGAAAUGAUGUAUGUGUUAAUUUUUUCAUUCAGUUGUUUUCCUCCAUUUUUAUUUGAGUGUUAGAGGAUCCAGUGUGCUGCUUUGACGACAAUGAAAGUGAAGGAAAAAUUCAAACAUUUUAAGGCAGUCAUCUGAAAGUUAUGCCUUUUAAUCCUAAUGUGUUAUGUUCCUAAUUAUGCCUUGACUUAUCCUAGAUGACAGUGUUUCAUGUUGUUCACAAGUUUGGUGUCGGGUGUUCUAUGCCAGCCUUGCACCGUCAAAGGCUAAGGGUGUGGCAGUUUCUACUGGAAAUGCCUGAUACACGGAUCAUGAAAUUUAGAAUUUUUUACUUAAUUUGUACAAUUGUAUAGUUGGAGGAGAUGUGUAGGAGGUAAUCUUAGCAUACUGUUGAGGAGUUUGAAGACUCUGACCACUCCUCUUGUUAGCUACUUUGUAUCACAGGAAAUAGCUUGGCAUGUUGUGGCUGACAAGGAUUUCCAAAACUCCUUUCACCAUUUUAGACGACUUCACCGAGCUGCCUCGAAGCUGCUGUGCAAAGAACAGCCACAAACAACAGUGCUUAUUAAAAUGAACUGCAAGGAAGCAUGUUUUUUCAAGUCCCGGCUGAUUAAAAAUUCCUACUGUGUCACAGUUUUUGAGUUUUGCCAUCGGAAACUUUGUCAUGUGUACAGUAAAAAUGACCAAAAUUCAGAUUGUCAACAGGGAGGUAUGUACUGAGUUGACUUUGCCCUUGUGUUUCCUCAGCUCUCACCACUCAUUAUUCUUCCCCCUUUCAGUUAAAGAUUAAUACCGCCAUUUGGUCUGUUGCCGGCCAUUGUGAUAGUUAUCGCUCUAUACUUGUAAAAUUCUAUCAUGUUAUGUAAAAUGUAAUGCAUAAAAUAAAUUAAUAAAGCAA